AUGUUUCUCUGUAUUAAAUUAGCAUUUCCAGUUUAUAUAUUAAGUGCUAGCUUUUGUAGCACAUGUGUGCGGGAUAUUAAUUUGGCAUCGGAAGAGUGUGUUAAUUUCCUUGGAAAAAAUCAGAAGCUCCGGAAUGAGUAUUUGGCAACAUUUUCAAAUGUUUUUCUUGAAGUGUGCUAUACGAGACCACUAUUUGAAUGGAUACAUGCGCUAAUGUUGGUACUGCAAAAGUCGUUAACGCACAAUGUAUGUUCAUCGAUACGUCAUUUGGCUAAGCAUUCACGUGUUUUGCGAAAUACAUUAAAUGAAGAAACGCAAAGUGGUAGCACAAUGCAUGAAGAAUUCUCAUUAUUUAUUGCAGUUGUCGGUGUUUAUUUCGAACAAUUGGAUAUCACUGAUCAGAUCUCUUCUUAA